AUUCCUGUUGUAAUGUCCACAGCGGAUGGUCAAUUCCCAGGGCUUUACUGUUUAAGUUUGCUGAGUAAUCCAUGGCUUUCUGAUGGCCGCACUUUGAUUUUAUCUUCCAUCUGGGGCAGCAGUCAAGUGAUACUUUCUGCAAAUAUUUUGACUGCUGAAGUAUCACGUAUCAGCCCUUCAGGCUCAGAUUUUUCAUGGAAUCUUCUUACAUUGGAUGGGGACAAUGUUAUUGCAGUCUCUAGCAGUCCAGUGGAUGUUCCUCAAAUCAACUAUGGGUUGCUUAUUGAUAAAACAAGUAAACAUGCAACAUGGAGUUGGCUAAAUGUAUCAAGCCCCAUUUUUAAAUGCUCCGAGAAGGUUAAAUCUUUGCUGGCAAAUCGUCAGUUUGAUGUAAUAAAGAUUCCAGUGAAGGAUCUUUCCGAUAGCUUGACAGAAGGUGCUAAGACACCUUUUGAAGCUAUAUUUGUGUCCUCCAACACUAAGACGAAUGAUGGAUGUGAUCCAUUGAUUGUAGUCCUUCACGGUGGGCCCCAUUCCGUAUCGGCGACAAGCUAUUCAAAGUCCUUGGCAUUUCUCUCUUCACUUGGGUACAGCUUGUUGAUUGUUAAUUAUAGAGGCUCUUUGGGGUUUGGUGAGGAAGCACUGCAAUCUCUACCAGGGAAAAUUGGAACCCAGGAUGUCAAUGAUGUACUCACGGCUAUAGAUCAUGUCAUUGACGCGGGAAAAGCUGAUCCAUCGAAAAUUGCUGUGGUCGGCGGUUCCCAUGGUGGCUUUCUCACAACUCAUUUGAUUGGUCAGGCACCAGAUAAGUUUGCUGCAGCAGCAGCGAGGAAUCCUGUUUGUAACCUUGCAUUGAUGGUUGGUACAACAGAUAUCCCUGAUUGGGCUUAUUUUGAGACCUAUGGAAGCCUAGGUAAAAACAGCUUCACUGAAGCACCUUCGGCGGAAGAUCUGAUUGCCUUUCACAAGAAGUCUCCUAUUUCCCAUCUCUCAAAGGUGAAGACACCCAUCCUCUUCCUUGUGGGUGCGCAGGAUCUUCGCGUUCCAUUUUCUAAUGGGUUGCAAUACGUUCGGGCGCUAAAGGAGAGGGGCGGAAAUGUUAAGACUAUUAUGUUUCCCAAUGAUGUUCAUGGAAUUGAUAGGCCUCAAUCAGACUUUGAGAGUUUUCUUAAUAUUGGAGUUUGGUUCAAGAAGUAUUGCAAAUAAGCAAUGGCACAUAGCAGUUCAAAUAAGUGCAAAACUUGCUUUGUUCAAAAGUACAAGUAAUUGAGGACUUGGAAUCUCUAUUCAAUUUCAAGUUCAAUAUCGUACAAGUGAUUUCUCAAUAAAAGAAUUUUUUAGUU